UCCCUGGUCCUUAAAAUCUGCAAAAGUGUAUCGCUCUAAUAGAAAAUGCUACAUCGCAAUAUAACUUGUUUACUUGUAGUGUAAAAUAUUUUCGCCGGUUCGUAAAACUUCUUAAAGCUACCAGUGAGAUUCUUAUCGUCUACGUGCAAAAUAAAAUGCCGAAAAUCUUCACGCCGACAAACCAAAUUCGACACACCAAUGUGGCAGUAGUGCGAAUUAAAAAAGCCGGAAAACGGUUCGAAAUAGCUUGUUACAAAAACAAAGUAGUAUCUUGGCGAACCGGGGCCGAGAAAGAUCUGGAUGAAGUACUUCAAACGGUCGCAGUGUUUACCAAUGUCGCGAAAGGUGAAAUGGCCAAGAAGGAAGAUUUGGCUAAAGCAUUUGGGAAGGAUGAUGUCAUCGAAAUUUGUAAGGAGAUUCUAGCGAAGGGUGAAUUGCAAGUUUCCGAGAAGGAGCGACAUGAUCAGCAAGAGUCGAUGUUCCGUGAGAUUGCUACCAAUGUGGCUGAUCGUUGCAUCAAUCCGGAAACGAAGCGUCCAUAUCCCGUUUCUAUCAUUGAAAAAUCGAUGAAAGAUGUUCAUUAUUCGAUAAAACCACACCGGAAUGCCAAGCAACAGGCUCUAGAAGUAAUCAAACUGCUACAGGAAACGAUUCCGCUGGAACGAGCAAAAAUGCGACUGAAGGUGGAACUUCCGAGAAAGGAAGCAAAACGUUUGAAAGAGAAAAUCGCGAAAUUGUGUUCACCGGUUGAAUCAGAGCAGUGGGAAGGCGAUCUAUUGGUUAUGACCUGUUUGAUUGAUCCUGGACACUACCGGGAGAUGGAUGAAAUUAUCCAAAAGGAAACGAAGGGACACGGUGUAUUAGAAGUACUCAAUUUGAAAGAAAUUAAAGAAGGUGAGGAGGUUUUGGAAUGAAUACACAUGAUGGCAUAUUUAAACGAUGUUUACUUCAUGUAAGAAUUUUUUUAUUGAUGUUAAUAUAUUCAGCACAGUCA